AUAUCGAGAAGAAAAAAUUAAUCGAAACCGGCAAGAAAUUUAAUUUAGCAAAACUACUUGAAGAUCAGAAACAUCAUGAAGCAGGAAAACGCGUAAUUAAUGCUUUGCUGGGCUCCAAAGAAAUUAGUAUUAAAGAAUUUAAAAAAUUAUUUGCGAAUGAAGAGGAAUAUGGGGAAGUUUUAGAAGCUAACGUUUAG